CGGGGGCGUGCGUCACAGCUUGUAGUGAGAGCGACGGUACGCAAUACUACCUUAACAGUGGAAUUCAAAAUACAGACAUUUUGAACGAUUGUGAACUUGGGCAGAGUUAUUGACUUCAGCGGCAAAAAGGGAUGGCGUUCCCUGUGGAUAUCCUCACCACAGUGGACUAUGAAUCCCUGGAGCAGAGUUCCAAAGACUAUAUGGCAAAACUGCUCUACCGGAACUCUGAGCCACCUGAAUACCUCAACUUGUCCAAUUCCAAAAAGGUUGAAAUAGGCCUCUGCAAUGUAAGCUUCGUUCCUCUCCAUGGGACAGAUGUCAAACACAAGAUCCUUGCCCUGUUUACACUUGAAGAUCCAUUCACAGCUGUUGGCCUGUACCUGCAGGGACAGUGGUGGCCCGUGGAGGAUGUCCUUAAAACAUCAGAUUCUUCGCGGGAAGGGAUUCUUAAGGUGGGAAGUGUCGGGGAGAGAGUGGUCCUCUAUGUUCUCAACCGUAUUGUCUAUAGAGCAAAGGAGAUGAGCAAAGAUGAAGUGCCGUUUCUCUGUCACAGUGAAAAUGACUUUGCCAAAAUCAUUUGGAAGAAUGGAGAAGCCAUCGGUUUUUACUCAGUGAAGCCAGAGGGCAGUUUAUGUAGCAGCUUCCUGACACAACGUUAUCAGCUUCCUGUCUUGGAUUCUAUGUUUGUCCGAAAAUGUCAUCGUAGUAAUGGACAUGGACUUCAGAUACUGGAAGACUUUGUGGACUCUUUUAAGAAUGAUUGUUUAGGUUUGAAAUACCCUCUUUCAGCCACCAUGUAUAAAGUUUGUGGCAAAUAUCUUAGCACUUAUCCAGCAGACACGGGUCUGUUGUGGGAAGUUGAGGGUGUCGGAGGCCCCUUCCAAAGGACCCAGAUUGCCAGUAAGAUUCUGGAUAUGGGCAUUAAGUGCCGGGAGUCUGUCGGCCUUGAUGUGUCCAUGGUGGACGUGCUGACCAAGGUGCAGGAGACUGUUGAGUACACCGUAGAAGUUGUGGAAAAAGUUGUGCAGAUGGACACACACGUUCACAUAAUCAAAGAGGUUGAAGACACGCCUGUGAUUUCACGCAGCAAGAGCAGCCAGCUGAGGCGCAAGAGGCUGAGAGAGGAGAACAGUGAGGUGGUGGAUGAGAGCCUCGCAGAGAAAGUCAAAAGGGUGGAAAAAAUUGAAGCUGGUAAUGAAACACCUGUGGAGGAGACAGUGAAUGAGGAACAGAAGGAAGAUAUGGAGGCAGGAGAUGUGAUGUCCACAGUGAUUGAGAAAAAACUUGAUCUGGAUGAGUCUGAUGUCAAUGAGCUGACACAGGCAUUAGAUGUAACCGCCACAGUGAUUGAUAAAGAUGGACAUGAGGACAUUGACACUCCGAUGGAAACCACAGAACAACUGAGGGACUCAGAACAGGUCUCUACUGUAGACACUGUAAAACCUGCUUUGGAAAUUGCUGUUAGUGAGGAAGCGACACCUACAGGAUUGAAUGACCAGGAGGAAGAUGCACACGAGGAAGAGUAUAGUUCCCGUAAAUCACCUAUUGAGGAGGUGCAAAGGGAAGAUGAGGGAGAGGAAAGCUCACAGGUAAUUAGCACUCUUACAGCUGAUGUGAGCGAUGUGUCCCAGUUAACAGUGGUUGAAGAUGUCAAAAUGACAUCAGAGGUAGAUGAUGAGGAGGACGUAAUUUCUGACAAAAAAUCUGAAACUUUUGAAAGUGCACAGGCUGAGAAGCACACAACAGAGGAAGUGCUGGGGUCUGUAGCAGAAUCAGAGAGCAUUCUCCAAACAGACACACACACUCAGGUCAGUAAUGAGACAAUAGAGAGUGGGGUAGAGACAGCUCCACAAAAAACACAAGAUGACGCACAGUCAGAUGGAGAUGCUGAAGACAAUACAGAGGAAAGCACAACCAUCGAGAAGCGAGCACUGAGAAGGAGAGUUGUGGUAAGCACAGAAACUCCCAAACGCAAAUCACAAAGAGGAAGAAAGAAAGCUGUGGAGGAGAGUACAGCAGCUCCAUCAGAUGAGAAAGCUGAACCAGUGGAUGAGCAGAUGGAGGAGGGGAAAGAAACUGCAGAGGAGACAUCAGAUGAUGAAGCUCCACAAACAUCUCAGAGAGUCCUCAGAGGCAGCACAAAAGCAGUGAAGGCCACACCCAAACGCAAAUCCACCAGACGGAGUACCAGAAAGGCGGCCCAAACAGACAGCCAGCCAACAACUGAGGCAGAGGAAGAAGCUGAUAAAGAGGACGAAUGUCAACAAGCAAAAGCAGAUGAAAAUGCCGAGAUUGAGUCUGAAUUAGCAACCCUGGUUGAGGAAAAGAAGACUGUAGAAGUGGAUAUUGAACCCUCAGAUGCCCAGGAAGUUGCAGAGGAAAACACUCCAGUUGAUAUGGCAGAGGCGGAGAGCCAGGCAACAGCAGAUGAAUCUGCUGAAGACAAAGAAGAAAUCCAACUUGAGAAAGAGUUGGAACCUGAAAAGAUUGUUGAGGAAGAUGCAACAUCAACAGAAAUGCAAGAGACUUCAGACGACCAUGAUAAUGUUGAAAAUGAGGAAACAGCAGAGGCCAAGGAGGAUGCAGAGCAAGAGGAGAUGGAAUUAGAAGUUCCUCCAAAUGAAAAACCAAGAGAAAUUGUUGAGGAAGAUGAGGUACCAAAAGAUGAGGAAAAUACUGAUUUAACAACAUCUGUAGCUGAUGAGAAAGGUGAAACGGGAGAAGAGAAGGCACCACAGACUGAGGAAGAACAUGCAAAUGAGGAGACAGAAAAUGUGAUGGAACAAAUUGAAAAACAGGAUGAAGAUGUAGACACUGCAGAUGCAGAGGUCUCUCAGGAUGAAGUAGGAACAACCACACAAGAGUCGUCGGAUCAUGAUAUGGGAGCAGAUGAAGCAGAGGAAAGCCCAACCACAGAGAAGAGAGUCCUGAGAGGGAGAGCUGUAGUCAGCACAGAGACUCCCAAACGCAAAUCACAAAGAGGCAGAAAGAAGGCUGUGGAGGAGAGUACAGCAGCUUCAUCAGAUAAGAAAGCUGAACCAGUGGAUGAGCAGAUGGAGGAGGGGAAAGAAACUGCAGAGGAGACCUCUGAUGAUGAAGCUCUACAAACAUCUCAGAGAGUCCUCAGAGGCAGAACAAAAGCAGUGAAGGCCACACCCAAACGCAAAUCCACCAGACGGAGUACCAGAAAAGCGGCUCAAACAGACAGCCAGCCCACAACUGAGGCAGAGGAAGAAGGUAAUAAAGAUGACAAUAGUCAACAAGCAAAAGCAGAUGAAAAUGCUGAGAUCGAGUCUGAAUCAGCAACCCUGGUUGAGGAAAAGGACACUGUAGAAGUGGAUAUCAAACCCUCAGGUGCCCAGGAAGGUGCAGAAGAAAACACUCCAGCUGAUGAGGCAGAGGCGGAGAGUCAGGCAACAGCAGAUGAAUCUGCUGAAGACAAAGAAGAAAUCCAACUUGAGAAAGAGUUGGACCCUGAAAAGAUUGUUGCAGAAGAUGCAUCAGCAGAAAUUGAUGGGGAAAAAACAGAAAUGCAAGAGAGUACAGAAGACCAUGAUAAAACUGAAAAUGAGGAAACAACAGAGUCCAAGGACGAUGCAGAGCAAGAAGAGAUGGAUUUAGAAGUUUCUCCAAAUGAAAAACAAACAGAAAGUAUAGAUAAAGAUGAGACACCAAAAGAUGAAGAAAAAGCUAAUGUAACAACAUCAGAAGCUGAUGAUAAAGGUGACACAGAAGAAGAUAAGACACCACAGAUGGAAGAGGGCAAAGACACAAAUGAGGAGACAGAAGUGACAGAGCAGACUGAAAAACAGGAUGAAGAUGUAGAUACUGCAGAUGCAGAGGUUUCUCAGGAUGAAGUAGGAACAACCACACAAGAGUCAUCAGAUCAUGAUAUGGGAGCAGAUGAAGCAGAGAAAAGCCCAACCACGAAGAAGAGAGUCCUGAGAGGCAGAGCUGUAAGCACAGAGACUCCCAAACGCAAAUCACAAAGAGGCAGAAAGAAGGCUGUGGAGAAGAUCAUAGUAGCUCCAUCAGAUGAGAAAGCUGAACCAGUGGAUGAGCAGAUGGAGGAGGGGAAAGAAACGGCAGAGGAGACAUCAGAUGAUGAAGCUCCACAAACAUCUCAGAGAGUCCUCAGAGGCAGAACAAAAGCAGUGAAGGCCACACCCAAACGCAAAUCCACCAGACGGAGCACGAGAAAGGUGGCCCAAUCAGACAGCCAGCCAACAACUGAGGCAGAGGAAGAAGCUGAUAAAGAGGACUAUAGUCAACAAGCAAAAGCAGAUGAAAAUGCUGAGAUUGAGUCUGAAUUGGAAACCCUGGUUGAGGAAAAGAACACUGUAGAAGUGGAUAUUGAACCCUCAGUUGCCCAGGAAGUUGCAGAGGAAAACACUCCAGUUGAUAUGGCAGAGGCGGAGAGCCAGGAGGCAGCAGAUGAAUCUACUGAAGACAAAGAAGAAAGUCAACAUUCAAAAGAAGAUGAGACUGUUGAUACAGAGAUGGAAACUGAUAAGGCAAUUGAGGGUGAUUCUGUGGAUGACAAAGAGAUAGAACUUGCAGAAACACAGGAGGAAGACAAGCAAAAAACCACAGAGGAGGCAAAAGAAACAGAGGAGUGUGUAGAACAGGAAGCUGAGGAGACCGCUUCAGAAAUUCCCCCAGUUGUUGCAGGGGACGAGGAGACACCAAAAGAUGAGGCAAGUCCUGAAUUGAAACCUGAUGAAGAUGCAGUCAUAACAGAGGAACCCUCAGUUGCGGACAAGCAGACAGAAGUGAUUGAAGAGGUGAAACUGCAAAAAGCCACUGUUGUCUUGGUUGAUGUAAAUAAGGCAUCACCUGAACCUGAAUUAGAGGUAGAAAGUGCAGACACAGCAUCAGGAGUUGAGGAGAAAGUUGAAGCUGAUGAAGGUGAGACACCACAGACUGAAGAGGACAAGGACACAACUGAAGACAUGGAUAUCACGGUACCACAAACAGACAAACAGGGUGAAGAUGCAGAUGCAACAGAUUCCAAGGUCUCUCAGGAUGAAACGGAAACUCAAGAGUCAUCAGAUCAUGAUAAGGGAACAGAUGAAGCAGAGGAAAGCCCAGCCAUGGAGGCACGAGUCCUGAGAAGGAGAAUGGUUGCCAGCACAGAACCUCCCAGACGCAAAUCCCAAAAAGUCAGUAAGAAAGUUGUGGAAGAGCAGAUGGAAGAGGAGAAACAGACCGCUGAGGAGACCUCAGAUGAUGAAGCUCCUGAGACAUCUCAGAGAGUCCUCAGAGGCAGAACAAAAGCAGUGAAGGCCACACCCAAACGCAAAUCCACCAGACGGAGCAUGAGAAAGGUGUCCCAAACAGAUGAGGAACCUGAGGAGGAGCAUGAUGAAAUUCAACAAUCAAAAGAAACAGAAGAGGAACCCCUACCAUCAAAGGAUCAAAGUGAGGACAUUCCUGAAACAACAGAUAAUACAGAAAUAAAUGAACAAGACAAAGGAGAAGAGGAGGAACCUGCGAAUGAGGAGGAGUCUCCUCAGGAAGAUUUUGCUGAGCAAGAGGCCGAAGGGAUGGCUUUGGAAAUCUCAUCAGAUGAAAAUGAUGCAGGGGUUGUAGCAGAUGAGGCACCAAAAGAAGAAGAAACAGUUGAUGUGGCCCCUGUUGAAGAUGUGGCCCCAGAAAAUGAUGACUCCUUAGUUACUGAACAGCAAAUUGAAGAAGGUGCCACAGACACUGUUCCUGAGGGGACAGAGCAGGAUGACAUGGAAAAAGAGAGCAAAGUAGAAGAGGAGAAAAUGGGAGAGGACAGUCAGAGCACUGAACAACUUAAUGACAUACCAGAUAAAGACCUAGCAGUGGCUGAGGAAAUGAAAAUGACUAUAGAUGAGGUCACUACAGAUCAACCCUCAGCUGGGAACAAUCAGAAAGAGUAUACAGAGGAGGUACAACUACAGAAAGCUACUGUUGUCUUAGUGGAUGUGUCUAAAGUUUUACCUCAACCAGAUUUAGUGACACAAGAUACAGAGACACCAGGAACUGAUGAAGUUGAAACUGGUGAAGAACAGAUACCACAGACCGAAGAGGACAAGGACGCAAAGGAGGAUAAACAAGAUGAAAAUGUAAAAGCAACAGAUUCUCAGGUCUUUCAGGAUGAAGUGGGAACAACCACACAGGAGUCAUCAGAUCAUGAUAUGGGAGCAGAUGAAGCAGAAGAAAGCCCAGGCAUGAAGACAAGAGUCCUGAGAAGAAGAGCUGUUGCAAGCACAGAACCUCCCAGACGAAAAUCCCAAAGAGUCAGUAAGAAAGUUGUGGAAGAACCAGCAGAAGAGCAGAUGGAGGAGGAGAAACGGACCGCUGAGGAGACCUCAGAUGAUGAAGCUCCACAGACAUCUCAGAGAGUCCUCAGAGGCAAAACCAAAGCAGUGAAGGCCACACCCAAACGCAAAUCCACCAGACGGAGCACGAGAAAGGUGGCCCAAUCAGACAGCCAGCCAACAACUGAGGCAGAGGAAGACGCUGAUAAAGAGGACAAUAGUCAACAGGCAGCAGAUGAGGUGAUGAAAGAGGAAAAAUUGUUAAAUGAAAAACAAGUAGAAACUGUUGUGGAUGCCUCAGCUGCAUUGGAUCAGAUUGCGGAGGAUGUCACCAGCUCAGGUCAAGAAGGACUGGAUGAGGAUGGUGCUGAAAAACAGGAUACAAUGGAAGAAGAUCAAGUGGUGGAUGAGGAGAAAAACACUGAAAACACAGAUGCCGCUGAACCCCUGGAAGACGCAGUGGAUAAGGAAGUCAUCUCAGCACAUGAGGAAGACGCUUCUGUUGAGGAAAGUUCUCCAGAGGAGUCUGAGACCCUCAAAUUGCAAAAAGCCACAGUCGUUUUGGUGGACCUUAAAGAAGGUUGUCCUCCAUCAGACUUAGAAAUGACAAAUAUUGAGAUGACAUCAGAGAUUGAAAACACAGAGACUAAAGCAGAUGAUGUUGAUCUGGAGGAACAAGAAAUGCCAGCAGUUGAGCAGGCAGCAGCACCGGUUGAAGGUAGGGAGGGCCAGACUGAAGAAGACAAGGAUGUUGCAGUGGAUGAGGUUGAGAUCUCAGACCCUGAAGGACGGAGUGAAUUGGCACCGAUUAGUUCAGAUCCAGAUGACACACCAACUCUAAGCAAGAAGCCAAGAGGAAGGCCAAAGAAGAGACGAAGAGCAGCUAAGUCAUCAGGGCGAAGACAGUCAAAACGUGUUCGAAAACAAGAGGAGGAAGAACCAGAGGACGAAGAGGCAGAGGAGGACAAUGAUGUGGACAUGACUAAAGAUGCAAACGAGGCCACACCAGAGGAACCUGUAUCUCAGGAAGUAGAAGAGGAAACCCCUGAGACAAUCAGUGAUUCCACAAAAGAGACAGACCAAACAGAGGAACCUGCAGAUAACAAUGAGAAGCUUGAACAAGAACAAAGCACUGCAGACAAAGAAGAGGUGGGCGAUGUGGAUGAAGAAAAAGUGGACGAAGAGGAACUUCCUCCAGUUGUGGUAACAACGCGUCUGAGGAGUAAAAUAAUAGUAGUUGAGUCCACUCCCUCAGGAUUUAAUGAAACUCCUGAGGAUCAAGAGGAAACAGAAGCAACUCCAGCUGCAGAAGUCCAGCAGGAAGACAAAAAAGAAGAAAUAGGGGAUGAGGAAACCCCAGCAGAAGAGGAAAAAAUGGAUGCAGAGGCUAGCAUGGGGAAAGAGGAAAGCAUUAAUGCUUCAACAGAGGUGGAGAAUAAGAUUGAGGAAGAUGAGGGAGAGAAACAACAAGUUGAGGCUAACACAUUAGAAAAUACUGAGAGCGAUGAAGUGAAUAUCAGUUUAGCCUUAGAACCCGAGGAGGAAGAUCACUCAGGUGAUAAAGCACCAGAGAGAAAUGACAACACAAAGGAGGAGGAGGAGGAUGUGCUGGUUUUGAGAGGAAAGUCAAUUAUCGAAACACCCAAACACCGCAUAAAAUUAAUUCAGAAAGAGCAGAAUGAUCAGGAGGCAGGUGAGGAAGCACUAGAGAGAGAAGAAAGCUCAGAGGAGGAGGAUGUGCUGGUUUUGAGAGGGAGGUCAGUUAUCCAAACACCCGGCCGCAAAAGAGCCAUGCAGAAAGACGAGAGUGAUCAGGAGGUAGCCGAGACGCCAACCAACAAGAAUAUAAGGGAUAGGACUGCUCAGGGAAAGAAGAGGACUAAGGUUGAUGUUACACCUUUGCGACGGUCCUCGCGCAAAAAAUAGAGCGCAAAAAAUAGAGUGCAAAAAAUCCUUUCUGGAACUAGAAGGGCACUCAAGUUUAUGGGACCACAUUAUUGUACUAGAAUUAGAUGUGAAGAUAAAAACAAACAAACAAAUGCUCUAUGGUAAUGCUGAUACAAAGGAGUUGAUGUCUGUUUUGGGAUUAUAUUUUUGUAUCAAGUUACAAGAUUUUUCAGUAAUGUAGCAGAAACUAGAUAAAUGGUGUCCAGGAGAAUAAGACGGAGCCAAAAAUACCUGGCAGUUUUUACUUGGCUUUUUAGACUUUUUUUGAUGGAUUACAAAUGACACAUUGAUAUAAUUUUUUUAACAUGACAAAUUAACACAUUGAAAUAAAAUCAUUUUAUAUAACAUUUUCUACAAUAUGAAAAAAAUAAUUAAAUAAUGUGCAGUUGUGUUCUUCUCAACUGAUUUGACCUUUUUUGUAUUUUGUAAAUUAAUGCAACAUAAAACUGAAUGUAUCAGUUGUAAUCCUGUAAAAAGUGAAAUUAUUUUGUGUCCCCAAAGCACUGUCUGGGUGUCAAGAAAUAUCCAAAUGAAGCAAUUAUUUUUGUCAUCAAAUUUCAUUAGCAUUCAAAAUAUGAAAAAAAAGGUUGUUACUAUUGUUAUUAUUAUUAUCAUCAUAAUUUCAUAUUUGCUAAAAUAUGUCUGCUUCGCUUCACUCCUAAUCUGUAGGUCACUUGCUUUAUCAGUUUUUACACCUAAAGAUUCUGUUUAGAAUAACUCACAUUAGUUGGCCUUCAGAUUGAGGUAGAUGUUAAAUUUACAUUUUCAAAAUAAAUUUUAAUUCACCAAGAUUCUCAAUUUCUUUGUAAAUACACUUUUUUUUCAACUUAGGCCUGUGUCCUGUACCCGAUUCUUAUUCAUUAUCCAAUAUUUAAACAUACAUACAAUAACAUGUGAAAUUACAACCGUCAUCAAUGUUAGCAUCCUUGUACAGAUUAAUUGAAUCAUGUAUGAGCACAACAUUGCAAUUCAUAUUCACAUUCACAUUAGAGGGCUUCCUUACUCAUAUUUGCAAAGUGUUUUUGAACAGUUAUUGAAAUUAAUCAGGGUAAUCAAUCUGUGCAAUAAUGGGGUUGCUUUUUCGAGCUAAUAUAUUUGGUCACCUAAUUUGAUUUAAUUUUCUUGUCAAUUUCGAGAAAAGGAACAAGACAGAAGCUAAAGAUGCAACAAUUCAGCAGCGGCAUUGAGAUUGAAAUGAAACAAGUCCUGUUAGAAUUUGGUGGUUUUCAUGUUAACUGUGAAGUACUUGAUAAAUAACCAUACUUCAUGUAAACAUGUACAUCACAGGGUUAAUAAUGUGUUAAAAAUAUAUAAAAUACAAACCUUUGAGCUUUGCUGAGGGUAGAAUGCUAUGAUUCAGUUAAUUUGCAAAAGGAUGUGCAAGCACAUUUUUAUGUAUAGUAUUUCAUGUCUGUCGUUAAUUGUUGCAAAUCAGCAGUGUGUGACUACAACCAAUUAUUUUUGUUUUGUGAUGUUCAUAUUAAUGAUGUAUAUUGUUUCCUUGAACUACCUGUUUUGUAGAAGUAGAAUAUGCUUUAGGUUAUUCUUGACCUUUUUUACCACUUUGCCUACCUCUUUUCCUCUAGAAAAGUUUUUCUUAAAAUGUUUGUCUGUCUCAGAUAUUGCUUACAGACUGUUACAGACUGAUUAUUUGUCAAUGCAGUUAGUUAAGGGGAUGAUUGAGAUUUCUUGAUGAUAGUGCGAGAUCAAUACCAUCAUAUCAUUAAGAGCAUUACUGAUGAGUCUGUCAUCAUUGCAGUGUGUAGACUCUCAACAAGUUUGUGUAACCAAUCUAUACAGAUAGAUCCACAAUUGUGUUUCUCUCUCUCUCUCUCUUCGUCUCUCUCUCUCGCUCUCUCUCUCUUCGUCUCUCGCUCUCGCUCUCUCUCUCUCUCUCUCUCUCUCUCUCUCUCUCUCUCUCUCUCUCUCUCUCUCUCUCUCUCUCUCCACCCCCAAGUGCCAUUUUGACAUGAGAGAAUAUUAGCCAUACUGUGACUACCACUGGAGCUCAGCAGUGACUCUACUGAUUAUUAUUUGUUUUUCCUGUAUUGAGCAUAUGUGCUAAUUAAUAAAGUUUUUUUUUCUCCUUGA